GAAUUUUCUUACCGCGCAAAUGGCAACUUCCUUGGAACUUGGAACACGAAGAGGAUUCUAAUUUCCUUAAAGCUCUGUUUUCAGGAAAAUUUUCUGAGAACUUUCUAUCUCCAGAGGAUCGGUGGAAUUUGAUCUGAAGGCUGGCCAUGACCUCGCUAGGCCAAAGUCUGAAUUCCACGUUAGAUGAGAACUGUCAAGUGGACUUUAGAAAGACGCUUCUGAUUAUUGAUUCGUACCUGGGGGAACAAGACGUGGAGCGCUUGAAGUUUCUCUGCCGAGACUGCAUCGCCCCCAAGAACCUGGAGAAGUGCAGCUCAGCCUUGGAUAUCUUUGAUUAUCUGUUGGCAGAGGAGUGGCUGAGUAAGGAAGACCCUUUCUUCCUAGCGGAGCUCCUCUACAUCAUCAAGCAGAAGGCCCUGCUUCGGCACCUCCGCUGCACCAAGGAGCAGGUGGAGUGUUGGCUGCCCGCCCGCCGGCGGGUCUCCCUGUUCAGAAACCUGCUCUAUGAACUGUCAGAAGAUAUCAGCUCAGAGAACUUAAAAAGCAUGAUCUUCCUUCUGAGGGAGUCGAUUCCCAAAGUACAGAUGACCUCUCUAAGUUUCCUGGCAUUUCUGGAGAAACAAGCUAAAAUAGAUGAAGAUAAUCUGACAUUACUGGAGGAUCUCUGCAAAAAAAUUGUACCUAACCUUACGAGAAAGAUAGACAAAUAUAAAAGAGAGAAAAAAGCCUUGCAGGUAGGGACACCUUCCGUAGCCAAGGAAGCUGAGUCAUUGCAUCAAGGAGAGAAAGAACUAUUUUCCGCCUCGGACGUUAACCAAUUUCUUGAAGCUUUGCCGGAGAUAUCCUGGCAAGAGGAACAUGCACAGAGUAAUGGUGAUAGAGCAACCCUGGUCUCCAUGGAGAUGGUGGGAGCAUCUAUUGACCCUGUAACUUCUGAAACCAGCACAAAGGAGACAGCUGUGUACAGGAUGAAUCGGAAGCACAGAGGGCAUUGUGUUGUUGUCAACAACCGCAGUUUUACCUCACUGUCAAAAAGACAAGGGACCGAUAAAGAUGCUGAGUGCCUGAAGCGUGUGUUUCAGUGGCUUGGGUUCCAUGUGCAUAUAUAUGUCAAUGUGACUAAAGGUCACCUAGACGAGGUUCUGCAGGAAUUUAAGACUCAUCCAGGCCAUGCGGAUGGAGACUGCUUUGUGUUCUGCGUUCUGACCCAUGGGAAAUUUGGAGCUGUCUACUCUUCUGAUGGGGACCUCAUUCCCAUCCGGGAGAUCAUGUCUCACUUCACAGCUGAGCAGUGCCCUGGUCUGGCUCACAAACCCAAACUCUUUUUCAUCCAGGCCUGCCAAGGUGAAGAGAUACAACCGUCCGUAUCCAUUGAAGCAGAUGCAGUAAAUCCUGAGCACGUGCCCCCUUCCCUUCAGGACAGUAUUCCCGUUGAGGCGGAUUUCCUUCUUGGCCUGGCCACUGUCCCUGGCUACGUGUCCUUUCGGCAUGUGGAGGAAGGUAGCUGGUAUAUCCAAUCUCUGUAUAAUCAUCUGAAGGACUUGGUCCCAAGACAGGAAGAUAUCUUAUCCAUUCUCACCGCUGUCAACAAUGAUGUGAGUCGACAAGCAGACAAACAUGGAAGAAAAAAACAGAUGCCUCAGCCUGCUUUCACACUACGUAAAAAAGUAGUAUUCCCUGUGCCACAGGAAGAACUUUUACUAUAGUAGAGAAUUUUGAUCGACCCUUAGACUUGAAAGGACCCUUUGGUCAUCGCUUCCAACCUCCCACCCAUCAUAAAAAUAAGUAACGGGUAGUGUCAUUCUAGUGAUAGAAUAUGCCCUAUUUUCCGACACAACAAAAUCUGGUGUUUUCUUCUUUUUCUUUUUGAUAAGUCUAAAUGGUCGAAAACUUUCUUUAUUGAAGCCUUGGAUUGUAGUCUUGAAUUUAGCUGUGCACGUUGAGAAAAAAGUGAUUGGCCUCGGUUCGUGUAUCUGUGAAGUAAAAGGUGGGACCAGGUAUAUUUUAAGUUUCCUUUUAGCACGGAACCACUGUCUGUGGCCUUGAUUGAACUUAGGUUUCCCUUCUAUAUGCUCACCCCUUGUUAUAAUACUGUAUCCCCUCUGCACGGUCUUGUUUUGGACAUUGGAUUGUGAUGGGGUCGUGGUUCACCUACCCUCUCCCUGUUCUCCCCUAAAAUUUGGUCUAGGCCACAUCCACUUCCUGCUAUAGUGUAAGGAAUGUGUUCCUGCAGGAGCUGUUUCUCCUGGGCCGGGAACAGAAUCGGCUCUCGGAAGAUGACACAUUUAGUGUGAAGAGAGACACAUUUAGCUGCUCUGGGAGCGGAAACUUUACGACCUCGUAUUACAUUCCAUGUUGGUCAGGACCUUCAGAUGCCGGUGAUGGAACACUGACUUCAAACCAACUAAAGCAAAGAAGAAAAUUUGUUGCUUCUUUCACCUGAAAACACAUAAAUGCGGAGGCUGGCUUCGGGUGUGGCUUGAAUCAGAACUAAACCUGCACACAGCAGAGUCUCGGUCAGAGUCCUCAGGGUUGGCAGCUGUUUGUAGUCAACAUCCCCUGCCUUGGCUCUGACACGCUCUCUGCUCCUCUGGCCCACAGUGCUGAGGAGGGAGGCGGCCUCAGGGACUGACACUCUUCACAGGGCUUGUUGCUCUCUCUUUAGCCAGGGAGUGUCUGGCUAUGCCUUCUGGAGGGAGUGACUCUGUAUGGAAACUUUAAUACUGUAAAAAUUAAGGUUGUGAACACUCCUACGUACUGAACUUUUUUUUUUUUUUUUUUUCAAGAGGAAUUUUUAAUUCUUGGAAGGAAUUAAAUGUUAAUUCCUGGAAGGAGGGAGAUUGAAAAUCCUGUGGUUAAUGACUUCAUUUACAGACGAAGAAGCUGAAGCCCAAGGAGACAGAGUGAUUUGCUACAGCCUCCAGUAAGGUAUUGUUUACAGGAUUUUAUUUCCCACUUAACUGAACUGGAAUGGCAUGGGUCAUAACAGGACUUUAUGAAUAUUUCUUGGAUAUGCAGGUGCUCAUGAACGAUGUCAGAGAAUGAAGAAGAAAUAACUCAGUGAUGCUUGGUUUGAUAAUUAUUUCUGUGUAAGUCAAAUUAAUAUCUGGCAAAUUUGCAAUGAGAAUAUUCAUAAGAACCUUGUAAUAACGUAGCUAGUAAUCACAUGGAUUUGAAUGUAGGUUGACCAUGGAAACAAAUCUCAUAUAUAUAUGUCAGGAUGAUCUUCCAGACCAUUGUUCAUACGAGUCAAAGCUAACAGCUGGUGGGUACAGUCUUUGUCCAGUAGGGUAUACAUAGCUUUUGGUCAUUUAACAGUCCUUUGCAAGUGAAGGAUGGUUUGGUACAAAGGAAAGAGCAAAAGGUCUGGAGAGAGAAGCCUUGGGUUCCUCUUGUACGCUGUGAUUCCCUUGCUCUGAGACACUAAAUCUGACCAGUUUUUUGAGCCUUAUCUAUAUAGCAGAGAAGUAUUAUCUGUUGGGAGGAUUAAGGUUUAAAUCUAAUUGUGGUGUGGUGCAUAUAAGGCCUAUGAUAGCAGAAUCUUCUGGUAGUAACCUUAAUGGAAAUAACAGAGUUUGAGUUUCUUUGCAUCUAAUUCUCUGACUUUUAGCCUCAAAUCAACAGCAUCAACAGUCACUGAUAUUCUCUGACUGAGGAAUAACAAGGCCAGCUCUUAGCUCUGAGUCUAGCUGGUCAAAAUAGGUGAUGAACUCUCCUGCAUCAGAAACAUGUGGGGCUAGAUGUUGAAGUCCUGGGCCUCUGGUCUAUUUUACAUUUCUGUUUCACUGGAACCUAGUACAUGUGCAAGGUUAAACUCUGGAAUCAGGAAACGUCCCAUGAUCUUUCUUUUCAGAGGCCUCCAGCAAACACUGGAGGAGUCACUAGACAUUUAUGCCUGUGAGUCAUGGGACUAUACGUUAGUGCAAUCAUUCUUGGCUCGUUUUUCCUAACUGGAGCGUAUACAUACUUGGCCCUUGUCUGUGUGUGUGUGUGUGUGUGUGUGUGUGAGUGAAAGAGAGAGAGAGAGAGAAUUUAGAGUCCAGAACAAAAGGAAGUAAUUUAUCACAACCAUUUGGCAGUGCCUACAGCCAUUGUCUGUCCAGACAUUUAUGAUGAAAAUGGGCAGAUGGAAUAAGAUUUCUAUAUAUUUUGCCUAGUUUUGCUCAACCUACAAGAACCACAGUCAAUUUUUUCUUUUAUUUUUUUUGUCUCUCAAAAGUUUGGCUUCUACCAAACAAAAGGAAAGAUAUGAAAACUUUUGAUAGAGUAUUAUGCAAAUGUUAGUUAUUUAAUAAUGAUACUAGCAGUGUUUAUCAUUAUUAGAACUAUUAGUCACUACACAGCCUAACUGGCCUCUGCUUCAGGGACUCACCAUGGUGGUGGGCAGGUUUGAUAUCAUGGCAUUUCCCUUAGCAAUACAUUAUAUUCCCCCAAUGCUCAGGCAAUUUAAACGUAUAAGCAACUGGUACAUUGUGGUUACUGACCGAUAAAACCAGACGCUGAUCAAUUUAACACAACAGUGAAUGAGGCUGAAUAGCAGCCCUUUGCCCAUGAUCAAGUCUCCACUGAGGUGAUCCAAAUUAGACAUUUACCUCAUUUUAUACACAACUUGUGUGCCAUAUCUGAUUCACUAAAUGUUCCAGGUCGGGUACUUUCUGAGUGACCUAGUCAAGUUCGCAACCUGGAAUUCUUGGGCCCUCAGGUUUUUGUGGGUUUAUCCUCAGGGUCUGAGAGUCCUCCACCUUCAUUUUUAAAUGUUGUCACUCCUUUUGGGAACAAUCUUUAAGAAUUAAUACACGUGCCUUUCUCUUCCAUAUGACCACCUCGUAUUUGAGUGCCACCAUGCAACUUCUGUGCUCACAUCCGGGUGCACAUGGAAAAUGAUGAACUUUACGUUGCACUUUUAAAUGUAGCAUAGAUUAGGGUCCAUGGCUGGGGAUUCUUAGGUUUAUUGUCAGGGGCCAGUGGUUAAUCUGUUUGAAACCUGCUCCAAUUCAUGCUCUCAACCCUAUAGAUUCUACUACGCUAUCCCUCCCCUUAACUCUUCCAGCAGAGGGAACUCACAUCACUUGAAGCGUUGUGGAUUUGAGAGACCCUUGGUCCAGCCGUCCCAGUGUUAAACUUAACAAAGUUUCACAGCUGUUAGAGGAGGAUUCAGAAAUCCUGUGUAUCUCUUGCUUUGUAAUCCUGCCAUCUGGUUUCACCCGUGGACCGCUUUAAUUAUCUUUUUCUCCGUUGAACUUGAAUCUGCCCCCUUAGAACAUAUUUAAAACCACUGGGGCCUUUCUCACCUUCUGAGAUGGCCCACACUCUGUGGAGUGUGUCUCUCUCUAAAUAAAUCCACUUCUUGCCUAAAAAAAAUAAAAAUAAAAAAAAAAUAAAACCACUGGUUCUCAUUCUAAACUCUGGAGCCAUAACAAACGUGUAGUUAUCCUCUGGUGAGGUAUAUGUUGUCUGUGACAAGUUUUUUUGUUUUCUUUUGUUAACUUUUUUUCUGCUAGGGUUUGAAUCUUGUCAAAAGUCUGCAGUUUGCUCUUAAAGAAGUGGUAAAAAUAUAGUGACCAUUUGUAUCUUUAAACAGAAACUAAGUUUCUGAUAGUAGAACCCUUUUAAAAAAGCACUAAGGGAAUUUCCUGUUUAAAGAACUGACCCAUUUGGCAAUACAAACAUUGUAUUUAACAUAACUUUUGCAUAUAUGAAAUUUAAAAGAGGGUUUUUCUAUUAAAAAUUUUAGAUUGUAUUCAAUUUUACUGUUUAAAUUUAUUUUUGAAUAGGUACUAUCCUUACAUUGUUUGAAGAUAAGUACAUAUGAAAAGGUGUUCAAGAAAAGUCUUCCCCCAUUUCUGUCCACUGCAUGCCGGGUUCUCCCUCCUCUCAUCCCAUAGACAAUUUCAGGAUUACUUAGUGCAAAUGCAAAUACAAAUAUAUGUGCAUUUUAAAAUACGUAUUUCUUGAAACGAAAUAUAUAUUAUAGACUGUGAAACUCACAUCUCUCAUUUGGUCUUAUUUAAAAUGAUUCUGUAAGAUGCCUGGAAAUACUGGUACAAUUCUAGAAUGGGAAUAACUUUAUGAGUUUUGUGGACUGAGUGCUUGUAAAUAGUAGUAACUGCCUUACC